AGAGAAAGGUUCUCACUCUGCUCAUGGAGAUCCGUGAUGCAGUGCAGAAGAAUGAUUGCUGCAACAAGAACAGCUGCAAUUCAACCCCGUGUCUGAAAGAACCACUAGAAACUUUGGAGAGUUUCCUUGAAUUCGAAGAUAAACUCUCGGACCAAGAAUUCUAUGACACGUUGAAGGAGCAAAUGCAGCGGAUCGGUGGACUUGACGUGGCAGAUAAUGUAAAAACAUUAAUGAAACGAACCAUGAGCAACGCCCUAAUGUCCAAGAUGAGUUUGCAGGGGAAGAAAAACAAAAUUGCAUUCAACGGAACUCGCUUGUUCUCGGCUAUUAAAGAAGUCGUGAUGGCAACUUUUCAAGAAGCCACUGAGGUCAAGCUGAACGAAGAGUUCUCAAGGUUUCUCAGGCAUGCCCCUGAACGCCUUGGCGGCGGGGGGCGAACCUCUAAAUAAUUAAACU